GGCGGGAAAGCGCAAGACAGACUCGGUCGCGGUCGCGGCAGCAGCGGCUUCGCCGCAGCGGAACCGGGUCUCGGUCCUCGCCGGUCGACGUCGACGCUGACGAGGAGCUGGCGCGGGAGCUGGAUCGUGAGCUGAACGGCGACAGAAGAAGCAGCAACCGCGGCAGCCGGCGAAGAAUGCUGCCUCUGGUGCAGAUGCCACCGAUAAUGAUGAGUGGGCUCCGCUGGCAGAGCCGGAAAGCAGUGGAGUGCGCAUCAUCGAGGUCCGGCUGGACAUGCGGUCGUUUUCGCGGCCACUGGGCCAAGCCGAGGUGCGCAACUUGUUUGCGCAAAUGCGGCGGAACCCGCUGGAGAUGCUGCGGUGGGCGACGCGGGCGGGUGUGCCUGCGCGUCAUGUGGUGACGACGCCGAUCCGUUUUGUGAUUCGAUCAGCCUCGCGCAGCGGACGCGAGUUCUCGCGCACCUCGCCGAUCAUGGCUCCGCUGAUGGCGGCCUUGGUGUCUUCAGGCAUAUCGCAUGACAUGCUCACGGGCGACGACUACAGUCGGCUGCUGCGGCUCGACGAGACGGUGACCAAGCCGACGGCAGCGACCGACGCCGACCUUGCGGCGCUGCCUCCGCCCACCACCCUCGCCGCUGACAGUAGCUACUGCGGCGAGCGGUGCACGGUGUGCCUCGAUGACUUGACAGAAGGCACCGAGGUGCGAAUCCUGCCUUGCGCCGGCAAGCACGCCUUUCACACUGCGUGCAUCGACCAAUGGCUCCGCGUUGAUGGCGUGUGUCCGGUCGACAAGUCACUGGUCGUCAAGCGAGACUAGUGAAUAUGUGUGUGUUUGUG